AUGGCCUCCUGGAAUUUGGUGAUAGGAAUCAUCUUUUCAUUACAAACUAUAGUUGGAAUUUUCGGGAAUUUCUCUGUUCUUUACUUUUAUCUCUUCCUUCACUGCACAAGAUGCAAGUUUAGGUCUACAGAUUUGAUUCUCAAGAAUCUGACUGUAGCCAACCUCUUAAUUAUUUUUUCUAAAAGAGUCCCCCAAAUGAUGGCAGGUUUUGGGUUGAAAGAUUUCCUCAAUGAUUUUGGAUGCAAACUUGUUUUCUGUGUUCACAGAGUGAGCAGGGAUGUGUCCAUUGUCACCACCUGCCUCUUGAGUGUCUUCCAGGCCAUCACUAUCAGCCCCUUCAACUUUAAGUUGGCAGAGCUUAAAGUAAAAGCCCACAAGUACCUAGCAACCUCCAGUAUCCUGUACUGGAUCUUGAACACGAUGCUAAAUAUUAUACUCCCCCUGUAUAUGACUGAUAAAAGGAACAACACAAACUUCACACAGAAAGUAGAUUAUGGCUACUCUUAUGCGAUAUAUGAUGGUACCAUCACACCAAAACUCUAUGUAACAUUGAUAUUAUGUCGGGAUGGUUUCUGUUUGAUGCUGAUUGUCUCAGCCAGUGCCUUCAUGGUUUUCUUCCUACACAAACACCAGCAGCAGGUUAGAUACAUUCAUAGGAACAAUCUGUCCCCAAGAUCCUCCCCUGAGUCCACUGCUAUGCAAAGUAUUCUUGUCCUGCUGUGCACCUUUGUAUCUUUGUGGACUCUGUCCUCUAUCUUCCAUACUUUUUUGGUAGCCUCCAACAAUCCCAGCUGGUGCCUGAGGAACACUUCUACUCUAAUCAAUGCAUGUUUCCCAACUAUCAGCCCCUACAUUCUCAUAAACUAUGACUCCAGAAUAUCUCGGGUCUGCUUUGCUUGGAAUAGAAUGCAAAAUCCCUAA